CGCACGCACACAACAACAACUGUGCUCAAUGAGCUAACUGCGACCCGCGACACAUCCGCCGACGGCGUGUCGCUGUCUACUAUUACAUAAUCUAUGCUCUGAGAUGUUGCCAUAUCUCAUCCUAGUCUUCGCGCUCCAGCCCGCCCUGAACCUACCUCAGAAAGACUUCGACAUAAAAAGAGACCUCCGAAAGAAGAAAGGGAUAAACAUAGCGUACCCUCUCCCUCUCACUCAUCACCUCCUCCUGCCAUCGCAGUUACACGUCUUGCCAGCCACUUCUAAUGUUCACCACAGCUCUGUACACACAGGAGUUCAACAUAUAGUCACUAGUGGUGGGAACAUUCCGGUAUACUCCCAAACAGUCUCACAUUCAUCGACUAACAUCACUCAUCCAACGCAACUAGUUCCAAUUCUGGUACCAAUCCAACAUAACUUUGUAACACCACAACAUACUGUACAACAACAACAUAAUUUAAUACAACAGCAACUAUUACACGAUCUGUCUGUUAUACCUUUAAGAGCGCAGAAGUUCGGGCAUCUAAGAGUGGAGAACAAGGCAGAAGACAGAGAAGAUAUGAACCGUUUCAGGACUUUCUAUGGGGGGUUUGGGAAUGGGCUGUACUUUGGGGGACAUGGUACGGGGCAUGGGUUCUAUGCUUAUGGAAAAUGAAGUUUUAUCAAACAUACAUAAGGUUAUCAUUGUCUUUGGUAAGAGCGAUAGUUACUCAUGAAAUAUUUAAACUAUGGGAACGGACUAUUUCGCUACCGGCUUGGUAUCCAGUAGUACAUCCUGACCCCUUAGCACAACUUGCCUUGUCGCGCGCGAGUCCAUACAUCAAGCGCGACUUCAAGUAUCGACUCGCACGCGACAAGGCAAGUUGUGCUAGAGGGUCUGUACAGCGGAUAAAGGAAUUAAGCACGAAAUUAAAUUUGACAUACGCAGUUAUCAAUAAAUUAUACGAGUAUUUACAUACAUACAUAUACAUAUUGGGGGACACCUUACACAGAUCAA